AAACGGCCGAAAGAGCCCGAUAGACACAGGAAAAUAGGGCCUCCGUUACUGCAGGCCCGAUGAGCUCAGACAUCGGCAGACGCAUGCUAUCGAUAACGGUCUUGUUUAUUAAUGAAUUAAUUAGUUAGUCGAAGUUAACUAAAAAAAAUACGACAAGCAGCAAAAUCAGCGAAGUCUGCGUGCCCAAGUGGAGUACCCCAACGAAAAGAGGCAGCGCAAAAGUGCAAGAUCAAGACGCAGUCGAAGGCCAGGCAACAAGGCACAGCAACGCAACAAAGACGCAAGCGAAGAAGAAAAGCAUGAGCUGAGGCUGUCGUCGCCAGCAAGCAAGGGAAUCGCGCGGACAAUAAGAGCAGGACAGGAGCAGGGCAGGAGCAGGAGCACCAAAGGAGCACCAACCCAGCGGAGCACCCGAACCGCAGCAGCGGCACCACCACCAUGAGCACGGUGUUCAUAAACUCGCGAAAGAGCCCCAACGUGCUGAAAAAACAAGGCACCGACCAGUGGGUCAAGCUGAACGUGGGCGGCACCUACUUCCUCACUACCAAGACGACGCUCUCCCGUGACCCAAAUUCGUUCCUCUCCCGUCUGAUUCAGGAGGACUGCGACUUGAUAUCGGAUCGGGACGAGACAGGAGCCUACCUAAUCGACAGAGACCCCAAAUACUUUGCACCCGUGCUCAACUAUCUGCGCCACGGCAAGCUGGUGCUCGAUGGCGUCUCCGAGGAAGGCGUCCUGGAGGAGGCCGAGUUCUACAACGUGACGCAGCUGAUAGCGCUGCUGAAGGAGUGCAUCCUGCACAGGGAUCAGCGACCCCAUGCGGAUAAGAAGCGCGUUUAUCGUGUGCUGCAGUGCCGCGAGCAAGAACUAACCCAGAUGAUCUCAACGCUGUCGGAUGGCUGGAGGUUCGAGCAGCUCAUCAACAUGCAGUACACGAACUACGGGUCCUUCGACAACAAUGAGUUCCUGUGCGUGGUCUCCAAAGAGUGUGGCACGACGGCCGGGCGGGAGCUGGAGCUGAACGACCGGGCCAAGGUCCUGCAGCAGAAGGGAUCGCGAAUUCUUGGAAUUUAAUCGCGCUAUGUAUUCACAUACAACCCCUGAAAAUUGAAAUACCGAACUCCUUUUCAUCAACAAACAACUCAUUCCCAAUCAGUAACACCAUCAGCCAUACCGACCCAACACAAAUUGGAUGCAGCCAAGGAAGCCCGAGCCACAGCCACAGCCACAUCACCCACCACAAGCCACACCACACGCGAUCAGAUCAGACUCAGCCACAGGCACAGGCAUAGGCACAGAUCACCCACCAAGAUCAGCCGGAAUCACCAAAGCAGAGCCCGCAGGGAGACUUCGCUUCAUUUGCAUUCGAGACAAAGUUAACAGGUACCACUGCGAUUCGAUUCUCGCCCUCGUGGCCGUUUUGCGCACUGUACGAAGUGUGUGCGGGCGUGCAUGUGUUCAACUUGUAGUAAACCAGAUAGACCCGACUGUACGAGAAACAAGAAACCAGCCCUGCUUCGUUGCGCAUUGCCCCAUAGCCAGGCUGCUGAAUUAGAGUCAGCUUCGAGCUUCAGCUUCGCUUCAGGAGGCACGCGCGAACCAGCCAGUCUGUCAGUCAGUCAGUUAGCCAGACAUUUAGCAGAGGAUCCUUCCGAGCCGCUGGGCUGCUCCGCUGCUGGACUGCUGGACUGAUGGAACACUCAAUAAGCUAGGUAUAUACACAUUUAGCGGGAGUUUGUAGGGUUAGUCUUAGUAGUUUUUAUCGUGCUUACAAUAACGACCCUGACGACGCAGCGGACACUUCGCUGGAGCAGUCGCGAUUCCCUUGGUUAAGCACCUAACUAACUUACAGUACCACACUAGGUUCGAGCUGCAUUUACGUGUCCGAUCCGAUACCGAUCCGAUACCGAUACCUGCGAUACCAGGCCCUCUGCACCCCAAAUCCGAGUCCCCCGGAAUUCGCAGAGUUUCUGCGCAUAGUUCUGCUCCGUAGUUCUGCACUACUGAUGAACUGGCGAGCGGUAAGAGCGUGCGUGUGGUCCGUUUUGUGUAGGCCCGGUUUUACUACCUUGAGCUUUAUUUUAGAAAACGAGCAAGGCGAAGAUCAACUUUAGGAAAUCAAUUGAAUCACGACUGAAUUUAUGUGAACUUGCACUCAAAGAAUAUACAUACAUGCGAAUACAUGAUAGUGAAAAAAGUUUAACGAAAAUGAAAACCUAUCCGGCGACGUUUUGUACAGACGCAUGAUAUCUAUAAUAAGAUAAGUACUACAUGAAUGUAUAUAAUUUUAAAUAGUUACUAAUUUUUACACGAAAAAGAAAACAAGCGAAAAUUGAAAAUGAUCCAGAACGUCGCCACCUACUCGUACCCAUUUUGUAUCCAUUUUGACUUAUUUUACGAGCACGGCUGGUGCAGAUUAUAUAGAGUAUAACUUAUGCUUACGAGGAUUAUUUCGACGAAGAACCUUUACACUAGCAAGUAGUAGAACCGCAGCGCCCGUUUACGCCGGACGCAGUGUCCGGCAUUUAGCAAUACAAAGAAAGGCCACUGCAAGUUAAUACAGUCACGGCGACAAGUACAGAUAACCCCUAACUCUAACAAUAAUACGAUAGCCUAACCCCUACUGUAACUCCAUAAGGAUGUACUCACACCCCCUCUACACAGCCUGUAUCCCGUACCUUGUACCCUGUACCCUGUAUCCUGUAUCUUGUAUCCUGUAUCCUGUACCCUGCAGAGGCGGAUGGAUGGAGGCGCCCAGAUCGCAGCUGCCGCUGGAGCUGGAACGGAUCCUGGAUGCUCCCCCACAUAAUAUAAAUAUAUAUGAAUAAACUUGGAACCCUUUUCUAAAAAACA